GAGCUUGCGCAGGGGGUGUUGGUUGGUGGGGAUUCGACGACGGAGAGGGUGGUGUCUGUGUGUGAGUAUACACGUACCAAGCCGAGGCUGGGACUGCGAUUUUUCUCGUAUCCGCUCGGGUCUGGGUCUCCUCUGCACUCGUGUGGCCCGUGUGUCUCGUGUGUCUCGUGUGCGCUCGUGAGUCGGCGCACAGGGAGCCAGCAGCAUGGCGGCACCCGAGGAUGGUGUCGUGGAUGCGGUGAUUGCUGUACCUCUGGCCAACGAGGAGCCGGGUGAGGUGGAAAGGGACUUCAAUGCUGGCCCGUCAGCCUCCGAUGCAGUUAGCACGAUCGGUGCGCCCGAGGACUCUGGCGACAUCGAAGCUGAUGUGGGCGCCGAGGCUGUUGAUGUUGAAAUCGACGCCGAUGGCGAUGCGAAAGCCGAGCCCGACGAACCAACCUACGAUGAGCAAGAUGCGGACACGGAAGCGCGAGCUGCUCAGGCCGACGAAGAUGCCGAAGCCGGCACCGAAGCGGCUGCACAACCCAGCGGCCCCCGACACAUGAACGUGAUUGUCAAAGGGGAAGAUGACGUUGAAAAGACGUACAUUGUACAUCUGGAAGGACCCACACAUCGCAAGCCAUUCUUGGGUGGCUAUCGCCAUCGCAAAACAGGCGUUGUCUUUCACAACGCCGCGACUCAGACAAUGCGCCGCGCCCGCACGCCCGCGCGUGACCUGUAUCACCGCACCACGCAAACAGCUAUCCUGCGCUCAGAGCCAAAGUUUGCCACUCAGACCUCUGUACACACUUCCACGCAGAUGAGCAAAGUGGGGCACUAUGUGACGCGGGAAACCGACAAGGUCAUACAAGGCGCAGGCUACGAAACGGCUCAAGACUGGCAUGCGCGCCGGGUCAAGGCUGUGAUUGUUAUUCAGACCUUUUUUCGCCGUUGGAAGGCGCAAACUUUUGUCCACCAGCUACGCGAAGCUCGCGACAACUAUCAGCGCUGGGUGAUCGAGGAGGCGCAGCGCGAGCGGGAUGCCGAGGAACGAGCCUUUGAAUGGGAUAUGUUCCGCCGGCUCAAUCCACGCACGGCGGAAGACUUUGAUAUGCUCUAUAGCUCCCUGGAAACUUGGCGGAGGGAGCAGGAAGAACGCAUCCAGACGCUCCCUGCCGAAGCUCAGCAAAAAGCUCGCAUGGAUUUGCUAACGCAACAGUCCAAGUACUUGGCCUCAAUCGACCAGCUCAAGUUGAUUGCGGAUGAGGAUAAUCGCGCCCGUCGCAUUGAUCGCUUUCUGGAGGCUGCUGCAACGCCUCGGCAAUGGGAAAAUCCGCAGUAUGGCUUGUCCGUGGCCAUGGAGACGGCAGACACCAAGCGUGCCAAGGAAAUUCGUGAUCUCUAUCGCCUGCUUAAAAUGACUGAACUUGAGCUUGAUGAGCGUCUGGAUGCCCUCUUACAAGUCAAAGCCGUGGUCGAAAAGUACAACACCUCGCUUUGCGCCGAGAUCCUGGAUCUCAUUCAGCGCGAGGCUGAUAUGAUAGGUCGCAACAUGACCUCCAGUGUCCUCACUGGCUUGCGUCAGCGGUUGCUGAAUCUGUUUUUGCAAUUUGCUGAAGAUCCACAGUACAACCCCGAGGCAGCACGCUUGCUACCCGUGCACCAGGACAAGUCCUUUUUCCGGGGCAAUGUGGCCCGUGCGGCCGGCACUGAUGUCUUUCUCACAACCAAUCGCUUCGACGUUCCCACAACUUCCACUCGAGGGCUGGGUCGAUCUAAGGAACAGGAACGAGCUUAUAACCGCGCGAUUCACCGCGAGGACAACCGCCUUUUCCGGAUUAUGCUGGAUGCGGCCCGGGUAGCGGAGCAACGCCGGGACGGAAACGCAACUUGCGUCAUGCUGAUGACACCUCGGGAUGUCCGUUACCUGGUGGAAAGCAUCUGGGGGUCCAAGUCAGCGCUCUCAGAAGAAAGCGACCUUCGCCGCCUUGUCUUGGCUCGCUGGAACAAGGCCAAACCUCUAUCACCCUGGAACGUCGUACUGCUGGAUCAAGCCGAGGUUGCUGCACAUGAAAAGCUCGACGCGGUGGAGCAGAAUUAUGGACCCGCCUUUUUGGCUCGGGUGCAACAAAAGCAUCUUCGGGCUAAGCAACACUUUGCUACUCUGCGAGCGCACCUCAAUCAGGCACGGAAGCAAGACUCCACCCGAGCUGCUGACCUACAUGGCAAGCUCCCCAACGCGGUGCCGGCCUGAGGUCAUCCGUGAAACCAUGAACAUUGUAGCCUUGUGUGCCGUAUCGAUUCUCUUUCUUUCUUCUUUAAAUUCUUUACGCCUCAGAUCAGUCCGAAGACAGACAGUCUGACGGCAUGUGAUGCCAAAUUGACUUGAGUGGCUC